ACGUCUACACGAGUGCAUCAGCAUUCGUCACUCAGUGUCAAGAUGGCUGCGUGGUGGUGCGGACGUGUGAUCACGUUGUUUUUGUGUGUUCACUUGACUGUCGGUCAAAUACCUAACGUAUCCAUACAUGCAUACAAACCAAAAGGUUUUAGUGUUUCGAUACCCGAUGGACAAAACAUAGGCCUGUUCGCCUUCCAUGGCAACAUUAACAGGGGUAUUAAUAAAAAUGACGUCGGUACAAUAGCGGGAGAGGUCCUCAAGCAAAAGAACGGGAUGUGGAUCUACGAAGACCCCGAAUUGGAGUUGAAAGUGGGUGACGUCAUCAACUAUUAUGUUUUCGUGUCGAUGAAUAGUAAAGGUUACUUGAAGGAUAAUUUGAGCUUCACUGUCACAAAACUGGAAGACAGGUCUAGCGUGACUGGUCCGAUCCGGCCCGGAACGGUGCUGCCGGAGGAUUGUAAGCCCACUCGUACUAAAGUUCGCGGCGGGUUCGCCUGCGCCGGACAGACUCUCUUCGAAGACAACUUCGACAUGUUGGACGAGAGCGUGUGGCAGAUUGAGCAGUACAUACCUAACACCCAUCCCGAGUAUCCCUUCGUGUCAUACCAGCACCUAGCUACUGAUCAGACCGUCUCGACCGCCGGUGGAACGCUGCGGAUCACCCCAAAACUGCAACAGGACUUACCAGGAUUUACAAAUGAAACCAUUUUGUCUGGCACGCUUAAUUUGUUUAGUGGCUGCACGUCAUCUGCAGAUUCGUGUCUGAUACAGGUGGAUGGUGCGGACAUCUUGCCGCCAGUGGCGAGCGGCCGCAUCACCUCCAAGACCUUCGCGUUCACGUACGGCAAGGUGUACGUGCGAGCCAAACUGCCGCAAGGAGACUGGCUGUAUCCAGAAAUUCUUCUGGAGCCAUUUUUACAUAAGUACGGGUCGCUACAUUACUCGUCGGGGGUUAUAAAGAUAGCAACUGCUCGCGGCAAUAGACAACUUUACUACGGACCCAAUGAUUACAGUAAUAAGGUGCUGUACGGAGGACCUAUAAUGGACUUGGCGUGUCGAGAGACACUGCUGUCCACCAAGCUGAGGAGAGACGGAUCCGCUUGGGGCGACGACUUCCACCUGUAUUCAUUAGAGUGGACU